AUGCUGCAUGGUCUCUGCCGCCUCAAGCAUGUCUCUGCAACAUGUUCGACAUCCGCCUCCUUGUCGAUUGUACGGCGCAGUCUCUUAACACUCGCGAUCGAAUCCUCCUGCGAUGACACUUGCGUGUCACUUCUCUCAAAGCACACCGCCCUUAGUGGCUCGUACUCUACAAGAGCCAGCCUACACUUCAACGAGAAGGUUACGGCCGAAAACACUGGCAAGGGCGGUAUUGUCCCCGUCGAAGCACUGAAGAGCCAUGACACGCAUCUCGCAAAGCUUGUCGAGAAGUCUUUAGCGUCGCUGCCAGAGGCUCCUGAUGCUUCGCCCGGUUUCAAGAAGCUCUGGCUUCGAGAUGGCAGCUUGAAAGAAAAGCCGGACUUUAUAUCCGUGACACGCGGGCCCGGAAUGCCAGUCAAUCUGGCCGUUGGUUUGAAUGCUGCCAAAGGUCUCGCUGCAGCAUGGCAGAUCCCGAUGGUUGGAGUUCAUCACAUGCAAGCACAUGCCCUCACACCAAGACUGGUCAACGCGAUGGUGAAAAGUGAACAGCGCGACACAGAUACCUUGAGGCCAGAAUUUCCAUUCUUGACGCUGUUGGUCAGUGGCGGUCAUACAAUGCUUCUCUACUCGAAAGGGCUAGUGGAGCAUGAAAUACUAGCCACAACCUCAGACAUUGCAAUCGGGGACGAACUGGACAAAUGUGGCCGUCUCAUUUUGCCCAAGGAAUUGCAGGAGGACACACCUGACACAUCCUAUGGCAAGUAUCUUUCGGCAUAUGCUUUUAGAAGUGAGGACGACUAUGCUGCAUGGGAAAUCCCUCGAACUCGUCGUGAAGAGGUAGACAGGCCACUGAACAAAUAUGGAUGGAAUCUGGUCACUCCUAUGUCCAAGAAUAGGAGGUUGGAAUUCAGCUUUGCGGCAAUUGCCAGUCAGAUUAAAAGUUUGGUGCUUGACCGCCAAAAUGGAAUUACCAGCAUGGGGAUGAUGGACGACGAGGAGCGUGUCCUGCUCGCUCAGGCAGCCCUGGGCACAGCCUUCGAGCAUCUGGGCUCUCGAACCAUUAUGGCACUGGAGAAGCUCCAAGAGCAAGGCGUGCAAAUUCCGACACUGGUGGUGAGCGGAGGUGUCGCUGCGAACAAUUUCCUACGCCACUAUCUACGACGUCUGCUAGAUCUACGAUCCUUUGAAGAUGUGAACCUGGUAUUCCCGCCUGUGGAGCUAUGCACCGACAAUGCGGCUAUGAUUGCAUGGGCCGGGAUGGAGAUGUUUGAAGCCGGAUAUCGAACAGACUUAGGAUGUACUCCAGUCAGGAAGUGGAGCAUGGACAGUGAAUGUGAGGAAGGAGGCAUAUUAGGCAUUGGUGGAUGGAUUAGGUCGGAUGGCUCCUAUAUUGCAGAAUGA